AUGGAGAAGACAGUUGUGGAAAGCAAUGGCAUUUCCUCGAAUGGAGAGAUUGAGAAGCUUGUUGCUGACAAGAUAGAGCUGGAAACUCGCCUCAAGAGUCUAAACGAUAAGCUUACUUCUGUGGAGGCAGAGAGCAAUAAGCAUAAGACUGAGGCACAAGAAGCAAUUGUUGGUUGGGAGAAGACAAAAGCUGAAUCAGCAUCUCUCAAGAAGAAACUAGAAGAAGCUUUGAAUGAGAAACACAGGAGCGACGAGAGGUCGUCUCACACGGAUGCUGGUCUAAAAGAAUGUAUGCAGCAGCUUCGUUUUGUUAGAGAGGAGCAGGAGCAAAGGAUGCAUGACGCUCUGUCAAAAGCAUCACAGGACUACGAACGGAGAUUGACUGAAUUGGCAGAUACCGGGAAGAGGCUUGCAGAAGCAGAAGGCGAGAACACUCAGCUCUCAAAGGCUUUGUUAGCUAAGAGCAAAACCGUUGAAGAUUUAAACAGAGAGAGGGACCGGAUUGAGGCUGAUUUCAAAUCUCUGGUGAGUAGUUUAGAGUCAAAGGAGAAAGAAACCGUUUCGCUGAGAUACGAAGUCAGAGUGUUGGAGAAAGAGCUUGAGCUUCGGAAUGAAGAGAGAGAGUUUAGUCGUAGAACUGCUGAAGCAUCUCAUAAGCUUCACUUAUACAAUGUGAAGAAAGUUGCAAAGCUGGAAGAAGAGUGUCAACGGUUACGUAUACUUGUGAGGAAACGGUUACCUGGACCUGCUGCUAUGUCGAAAAUGAGGAAUGAAGUAGAGAUGUUGGGAAGGAGGAGAGUCAAUGGAAGCACGGCGAGUCCAAUGAUUGAUUCCGAGAAGAUCAGUAACCUCUCUGAGCAAAUAUGUUUGUUGGAAGAAGAGAACAAGACUCUGAGAGAUGCAUUGAGCAAGAAAGUCAGUGAGCUUCAGUUCUCAAGAAACAUGUAUUCUCGAACAGCGUCUAGGCUACUAGAAUUCGAGUCUCAUCACCUUGAGCCAAGCAGGAGCAGCAAUGUGUCGCAUGAAGUCUCUCUUGCAUCACUAUCAGAGUUUGACAACGAUGAGAAAGCCAGCUGCUCUGAUUCUUGGGCGUCUGCUUUGCUUUCAGAGCUGGAGAAUUUCAAGAACAAGAAGCAAUCUGGCUCGAGUUUGGUCAGAACUCCUAAAGCUUCAGAGAUGAAACUAAUGGAUGAUUUUGCUGAGAUGGAGAAGCUUGCAAUGGUCGAUAACAACCGACCUGGAAGCUCUCCUAUGUGUUCUUCUGAUUCCAUUUCAGCUUCUGGUCCUGUAGAGAACGAAUCUAACGACAAUUCAUCAAAACAGACCGAUGCUCUCAUUAACGAUGAUAUCAGCAAAUCUAUUCGCAGAAUCGUUGAAGUUAUCGAAGGAGUGAGCUUAAAGGAGAAGAAGAAUGUGUCAAAUGAGAUAGACUCAGAGAAGCUUUCAGGCUACACUGCUCGUGUCUUGCAAUGGAAAACCUCAGAGCUAAGUAGUGUGUUGCAGCGGUUUCUUCAGACUUGUUACGAUCUGUUGGAGAGAAAAGCAGACGUGAAGAAGUUUGCAGAAGAGUUGAGCUCUGUGUUGGAAUGGAUGGUGAACCACUGCUUCUCCCUACAAGAUGUUUCAAGCAUGAGAGAAGAGAUUAAGAGAGACUUCGAGUGGGAUGAGUCACCGAAUGGAAGCGAAAUCGAUAUCGGAACACUUGGCCAGGUCUCAGAAGCAGAUAAGCUUAAGACUGAAGAUGUUGUUACCUCUUUGGUUAGCAUUGAAGACAAAUUGGUUAAAGAAGAAGCAAAGAACAAGACAGCAAGUGAUUCAGCGAACGAGCAUGACAAGCAAAACAUGCGAACUGAAUUGGAGAUCACUGCUGCUUCAGAAAAGUUAGCUGAAUGUCAAGAAACGAUUCUACACUUGGGAAAGCAGCUCAAGGCAUUGACAACUAACUCAAAGGAAACACCUUUACAACCUCCACAAGAGACAAAAAAACCAGAGAAGAGAUUCACAACUCAGAGAUCAUCACUUUUGGAUCAGAUGAAGGCUGAAGAUGAAGACACUGGAGGAGAAUCCAAAGAUCAGAAACUGCAAGGAGGAGAUAAAACCGGAAAAGGAGGCGGUUCUGUUUACAAUGAAACCAUUGAGGCAUUGGAACAUAUUCUUCUCUCAGACAAAAAGGGCAAAGGCUCUGGCGCAAAGUGCUUCUCCAUUGUUCCUCAGAAAAAGAGCGGUGGAGCUAAGAGCCUCUGGAGAAAACUACUGGGGAAGAAAAAGAAAAGUAAGAGCAAGAAUCUCCCUAAUCCAUUUGCCAUCUAA